GCAGAGUACAUGGCGGGCGAAGGCGAAGAGUGUGUACAGUAACUCUUCUUCUCUGUGAAAGAAUGGAGAACAAGGUGGAAGAUUCAAUUCGUGCGAAGAUGGAGUCCCUUCGAAUGGUUCGUGAAAAGGAAAUUCCAUUCCAGCUGGAAAAGAUGGAGUCCUUCGCCGUUUCAUUUCGCAAGUCUCUGGAAUCGAUCUCUGCAAAGUCGCAAGAAAAUGCCCUAAGUCAAGUGAAACUGGGAGAACUAAAGGCGAGGCUGAGGGAGGCGGAAGAUGAAUUGGUUAAAGCUCUAGCAGUGAAGACUCGCAAAGAGGCCAAACGGCUGGCAAUCACAGACUCCCUUGCAGCUUCAAGAUCUAGAAUCGAGAAGCUCAGGAAUACUUUACAAGAUUGUAAAGCGAAGAGGGAUAAAUAUUCUAACAUUAUAUCUCAGCAAUCCUUAGCUUUAUCUUCUUCUGAACACAAGGAAACCCAAGAAAGCGAUUGCAGAAGUGAUUUACAAGAGGCUAUUUCUUGGUACAAUAGAGUUUUGGGUUUUCAUAUUGAAGGAGGACAUGGGGUAACAUUUUCUUUCAAGAAAAUCAUCAAGGACAAUCCUGAUAAAGAAUAUUCUUUUACCAUUCGUCAUGCAAAUGAUACUUAUACAUUGUUAGAUUGUACCCCAUCCUUGCGAGAUAUUAAAGAAUUGAUUCAUGAAUUGAAUAAAACAAAUGGUUUAUUCAAGUUCGUUAAGGUCAUGAGACGGAGGUUCCAAGAGGCUGCAGCAGAAGGAGUUGGAGCCGAAGCACUGUAUCUGCAUCAAGACUCAACGAUGAUAUCUUUGUCAGCUCCUGGUUUGUCAUCAUCAACUGACGGAAGUGAAUCUUCAACUCAAGAAAUUGAUAACCAUGUUCAACCUGAGGAAACUAACAAUCGUUCUAAGAAAUUUUUACCUGGAAAUAAACCAGGUAUCCAAUCCCCUGGAUCUGCCUUUUCUUUGCGUCGAUCUCCUCGUUUUCAGGUGAGGAAAUAAGGUUGGAGGCUACUAAUGAUUGAAUAUGCAUUAGAUUGACGGGCAUAGCCCUUCUUCAUGACAUGGAAUGUCUUGCAAUUGACAUUUUAUUAUGGGGUACUGAUCUCAACAUCUGCCAGAACUUCUCUGACUACUGUGAAGUGUGAAGGCUCUAUAUUUGAAAAUUGAAGUUGAAGAAGACAUAAUCAUAUGACCUGUUGUAUGCCCGUUGUGUCUGAUUUGCUUUAUGUGCAUUAUUUUACACGAUUAUGAUUUUAUUAGUUGUAUCCAUCUGCUCUACAUCUUAAGUUUUCAUAAUUAUAUUCGAACUUACAUGAAAGAUUGUGCAGUUGCUAAUUUAUCACUUGU